UCGGUCGGAAUUUCUGACGGAACUCUUAUAUCAGCUUGGAAUAAAUGGAACGUAAAUUUGCAGAGGAAAAAUGUGUAGUUUAAUUCAGGAAGAAAAAAAUCUGUCGACCUUCCUUUUGACGGUGUGAUAUGCCUAUUGUGCUGCACUUGCUUGCUAUAGUGAAUUCGUAGGAUAGCUAGAUUUGCUUCUACGGAUUUUUUUUUUACCAGACAAUUAUAUGUGGAACACAUGGAAUUUAUGCACAUCGUUUAGUUACAAAAUGUAUUUCAAAAGGAAAAGUUAGACAAUAUUUCCAUAAACUUGCCAUUGCAAGUCUAAUAGCCUAUUAGAAUAGGCUAUUCUAAUAAUAGUUUAUUCCAUCGAUAGAGUCAACUAAAAGAGUUUAGCUCAGGCAAGUAAAAAUAAAUAGUGCAGAUAUGUCAUAUUGUCGACGGAUAUGCUGGUACACAACAUUGGGCAGCAGUUUAUCGACUACAAAAUGAGGAGGAUUUGUCACAGUAGUCUUCCUUCAACAGUUUAUAAGACAGUCGUUAUUGCCUAACCAGAGCGAAUUUAUCGCAGCAAUCCAGUGCGCACGGUCUCCCCGGCUGUUAUACGGCAGAACGCGCAGGAUCCACAAAUCUGUGAAGACAUUCCAGGCCUGAUCCCCUUUAUCCAAAUCUGUGAAGACAUUCCAGGCCUGAUCCCCUUUAUCCAAAUCUGAAGACGAUCCAGGAAAUCAAGCAGAACUUUCAGGGAACAGAAGAGUUCUUUAUAAAAACUUGGAACAACAGUGAGAACUGCUGGUUGUAUUCUCCAUUGUUUUUAUUCACAUGUAUUGAAACAAGUAGAGCCAUCAGUGAUUUCAGCAGCCCCCCUGCCUCCCCUAUCCAUGCCUACAUGCUCAGCGACAGAUAAGAACUGUUUUGAUAAUUGUAUGUAAUUAUAAUUUGUGUGGGAGACGGAGCUGUCUCUGUCUAUUAUCACCUGUAACCUCAGACACAAUAACUCCACACAUUUACAUAUUUCUCUCCAAAAAUGCUUUUCUUUCAGUUUUAGGACCAAAUCAGGAAUAAUCAGAGUUAUUGAAGGAAUGGCACAUGUGAACUACGAGGUGCUAUUCAGUCCUCAACCAUCAUAAUGAGACACAACUGAAUUCAAUCUGUAGAGUUACAUCUAAACCUCAAGCUCUUUUCUUUGUAUAUUCUAUACUAGACCAUACAUACUAAGUUUGUACAUCUCAAAACAGAGAUACCCACCCAGCCACUAGCUAAAAUGAAAACGGCUUUUUCAGCUGUCUAUUUGAUAUAAUACGAUUUGUCGUACCAUUUUAUAUUUUCUCCUCAUUUGCGGUAUUCACUGYCCUCUGUCCUUAAUGUAGGGCGCUGGCUCUGUAGCCUUCAGCYCAAUCAGAGGAACAGUAAGUGCCUAUGCAUUUUAGAUAAGACCAUAAUACAUUUAAGUAAAUAAGUGGCCAAUGCAUUAUGUAGUUAGUGACCUGUGAUGUUUAUAUGCCUGGAAGGGCAAUGUCCUGCUUUACAGUCACACAGUAUGUUUACACUACGCCACAGCCAUUCAGUGCCCUGACCCGUUAAGAACCACAACCUCUCCAACUGCCAUUCAAAUGGUCUGCAACAUCUGAAAGCACAGGAACACAAAUUAUUUAGAUUUAUUUAGCACAAGAUUUAUUUAGUACAAAUCUUUUAUUUAGCAUAAUAUUGAAACAUUUAGACAUUUAUAUGUAGAGAUUUUUCUACUUUUUCAGAGAAUAUUAGUUUACAGGUUGAUUCUAAGUGCAAACUUGGAAUGUAUCCAGCGCCAAAACGACAUGAUUGAAUCAUUAACUGUUUACAUUUUAGGAACAAUGUUUACAGAGGACUGUUGCCCUUAAAACAUAGGCCURUGUGUCAUUUUGUGACAUAUUAUUUUACAAGUGCCAUAACCGAAAGGAAAUUUAUAAAUUGCCAUAACUCAUUGAGGAAGCUUACUUUUUGUCUUCAGCAAAACAAAGCACAACGUGUUCAGGAAUACGUCAUGGUGAAGGUAAAAACCCUCURUUUGACCUUUCAUCCAAGGAGAKUSCAUCUAUUUUUGUAUUUUUGCAUGUGAAUGUUAUAACCUCAAACUAACUUCACAUGAUUCAUAGCUAGGUUUUGUAUGGUAGAUAGAUUCUAGAACUAGGAGAAGAAAUAGACGAUCUGGGUUUGAUCAAGAUCAUCAUGUUCAGUUUACCCUCGUUGACUCUGUGAGGUUUAUACAGAUCUGAUUUCACUGUAAUGGGAUGCAGAAUAUUAUCACMGAAGAUGUUGAAGAUAAUAGUAACAGAAUGAAMGCCAUGUAAAUACCUCUGUCACCAAUGGUUGACACUUACAACUGGUUGACACUCGUGACUUCCAUCUCUUAAAGCGUAUCUAGAAUUCASUCACAAAGUUCAUCAGACAUAUUCAUUWUUAAAUUAAGAUMUUUUKAAACUAUGAGUACCAAACAACYCAUACCUGCUACCUAAAUGUUUCAAAUWGUAUUUUAGUGGUUUAAUUCUGAAAAAAGGACAGCAUUGUAACAGCGUUGAGUCGACAACAGAAAAUAGAGCUCUUAGUCAUGUAAAGAUGACGCCCACCACCAAUCUCCAAGUCUUCGCCGUCUCCCUCCUCUCUCUCCUUGCUGCCCCACUUGCCACAGCUGAGGACAGCUCCCUAUCUCCCACUCCCUCUCCCCUAAGUACCGACCCCCGGCCUCGCCAGGGGGGCUCCACCGAACCCCCUCAGUCCGCCCCCAGCCCCCCUCUCCUCCUCCUGGCCAUCCAUGCCAACCUCCGCCCCGCUGCCCUCCGGGGCAGGCCCAAAGCUCCAGAGAAACUUCCAGAAUCCCCUGGGGUUCUGGAGACCCCUCCCCGACCCCUGGCCCAGAUCAUGUUCCCCAAGAACGUGACGUCUGCGGCAGCAGGAGCCCUGGCUCCUCCGUUGSGCRCGGCCCAGGUGGCUCCUCCUCCCCRCASACUGGUGGACGUGGAYGUGUGCCAUGGUUACUAUGACGUCAUGGGCCAGUUGGACAACACCUUCAACUGCUCCAAGGACAGCUUCAUCUACUGCUGUGGCAGCUGCCACUACCGCUUCUGCUGCCCCGACCCCACCCGUCGUUUGGAGCAGAGCAGCUGUACCAACUACGACUCCCCGGAUUGGGCCAAGACCCAGCCACCAAACRCCAUACUCCUGGAUGAUGAUGAGCCGGAACUGGACCCUCUGCAGCCUCUGAGCCACAACACAGGCUUUGUGAUUGGAGGUGUCAUUGUKUUUAUGGUAGCGGUUGCCGUGGGGAUUAAGAUAAUGUUCAACAAGGUGUCGCAGCAGGCCAACAACGGAGAGAUCAACAUGCCCAGAGCGCUGGUGGACAUGUUGCGUCACCAGUCCAGUCCAGUGCAGCAGGAUGAGAGGAACAACAGCGUGGCUCUGUGUGGUUCAGGGGAGGGACAGGGUACGCUGGGCAGACCUCCCAAAAACCUCUACGCCYCUGGCCUGCCCAGCAAGGACAACAGACUGGGGAAUAUUCAACACAAUUUUAUCCAUUCAGGAACCAGUCCCAAUCACACUGCUACYAUCGAACACGCCCCCCGUAUGAACAACGCCCAGCUGGCGGCAGGAGGCACUCUUCUGUCCAGCAAACACAACAAUACUAAAGGACAGCCCUCCUUCCACCACUCCCUCCACAACCUGGCACAGCUCCCCCCAUCCUACGAGAACGCCACCAAGCCAGAGCUCAACAGAUACUCCUCGCUCAAACGCCUGGAAAAGAGUGGUCUUGAUGAAUAUUCAUCGGGCUACUGCACCACCAAGAGGCGUCCCCACACGGCCCAGCCCGCUCUCCAGUCCUCCAGUCACCACAUCCCCUGUGGCGGAGAUUACAACACCAUGGGUGGGAGGGGCACCCUCCCCCGCCACGCCCCCCGACCCUGGAUCCAACCCACCGGCCUACCCCCCGUCUCCCCCACGGUCAACCCCUACCCCCUGGACCCAACCGAGCAGCACUACAACCCCAACUACGACACCCUGUCCAAGCCUGCCAGGAAGGUCAUGUCGCAGGACCAGCUGCUCAACAUGGGGGACGUCCCCGGGAACACUGGGACCCUCUCCAGGAUGUCCAAGAACCAGCAGCACCAGUACUACAAAGCCAUGGCUGCUGCUACUAAGAACUCCAACACCCAGACCCUGACAAGGAAGCCCCAGGAUCGACCCCAGGAGCGGCCUCAGUCCAACACCCAGACCCUGACAAGGAAGCCCCAGGAUCGACCCCAGGAGMGGCCUCAGUCCAACACCCAGACCCUGACACGGAAGCCCAAGGAUCGAYCCCAGGAGCGGCCUCAGUCCAACAACCAGACCCUGACGAGGAAGCCCAAGGAUUGGSCCCARGAGCGUCCCCAGGAUCGCCUACUCAUGUCCCCAGAUCACCUGGAGGAGAGCAUGGGUAGRGGGRUCGGAGGGAUGGGAGUGGGUGUGCAGGAUCCAUACGCCCAUGGAGGCGGGGGAGGCAUGGUCCCCACUCUCCCCCGGGGUGGUCUCACCCCUCAGCAGAAAGCCCAGUCCCAGCAGAAUGUAUGUGCCACGCCCUCCCUGGACCGCCACCACAUGAUCAAGAUGAACUCUCACCCCACCUCAGGGAGGGAGCAGGAGAGAAGCCAGGGCAUGACGGGGCAUAUGAGCGGAGGCAUGGGGGGAGGCAUGGGGGGCUGGGGUGGUAGCGAGAUGCCCGGGGCGGGGGUUGUCAUGGGAACAGGGACGCUAGGGGGCCACAGCGCCAAGAGGAUGGCUUUCGCUGCCAAGAGGCAGAACACUAUCGAGCAGUUACACUUUAUACCAGGAGGGGGCGACGGAGGAGCGGGAGGAGGAAGUAGAGGAGGAGGAAGUGGAGGAGGAGGGGGAGGCAGUCAGGGCAUCAGGACAGGCAGUAAGAAUGAGGUGACAGUGUGAGGGGCACCAGGUAGAAAUUGCCAUCAACUGCAGAUCUAGGACCAGAUUAUCUCACCCCUAAACCCACCCUUAACCAUUAGGGGGAUGAGAAAAUAUCUGACUCUGUAUCAGUGGUUAGUGCAAAUUCUACCUACUGUGUGUGUGGUCUUCAUGAAGAGAGUAGACAUAUGAGAAUAGGAAGGGUAGAGAAGGAAAUAUGGUGAAUCAAUCUGUACAUAUAGGGAGAUGAAGGACUUGCUUAGAGGUCAAAAUGGUAGAGGAACGRAAUUAUCCUGCCAUUUUUAUAWAUGUGAUACAUCAGCCAUAUUUCAUAUCUAAAUGUGCCAUAUUGCCAUACACUGAUGCCAUGAAUAACUGAAAAAGAACAAACRUGGGAGAAAUUAGAUAGCUAGGACUUAGUUAAGAAACUGGUUUGUUCAUGCRUAACCUUGUGUUUUAUAUCAAAUGUUUUACRGAAUAAAKAAACUUUUGAGCCAUAUUAGAAAGGAGGKRCCAAGAUAAUACAUCUAAGUAUGAGAGAGAGAAGGGUGGUGUACGGCCAGACUGUGUACUUCAGUGUUACAUAGAAAAAYASGWUACACUUGUWUCAAAGGAUGCUAUUUUCCUCAUGGAGCAUUGAACUGAUGAUYUUCAUGACCUAUGAUGUGGAAUGUCGGAUGAUGUAGGGUUUUGAAUCCGGGGAGUGGUGUACGAGUGAGCCCGCCUCAUUGUGACGCAGGAAGCUGUCGAUAGUUGCUUCUUGUGUGAAUGAAUGAGUGACMUUGGGAAAAUUGCUUCCAUACAUUCUCUAGUUGCCCCCAGUAACUGAUCUGARGUCAGYUUUGCAUCCCACCACCGCCUAAUAGUUAUGCUCAGCAUUUGGGGAGGUUGAGCUGAUCCUAAAUCUGUGCCUAAGUGCAACUUCUACCUGGAGCUCCCCUGUGACCCACCUGUCUUCAUCAGGACAACCAAAUCUGAUUGAGCCAUGAGUCACUUUGUUUGACGAGGAACUUCUGAGUUGGUCAGCCUACCAAUARGAUGAUUAGCUACUGCAACUACAGGGUAUUUUCUUUCAUAGRGCACAAAAAGUACAGUAUGAUGCAGGUGUUGCACUUCAUAAUACGACUGACCUUCAAAGCCAUGCAUUGGGAUACAAAUAAAAUACCACAGAGAAAGCACGUCUGACAAUCACCAUUUUAUUAUUCUCACCAGAGGAGAACUGAMACAAGCCAACAUUUCUACAGGACAAUACAAAUGAUUGGCUUCAGAACAAGCCAAAGUGUAUGUGUSUAGGGAAUUGACUGUAACAAGGCAGUGGACUAUAAUGCAUACUGUAGGAUGACUCCAAUGAUGAAGCAGUCAGAUAUGAGGGUGAGACUCAGAAGAGACUUGRGUGGCUAGGAUGCCCUUCAUCAGAAGAGGACCUUGCUCGUUCGUAGUAACACAYUCYAACYGUUCUCUAUUAGGUAGAAAUGUCAUAAUAUCAAUAAUAAUGCUUAAUAUUAAGGGCUAUCCUAUCCUACAUGUGUGGCUUUGGACCAUAUAAUACAGCAUAUUAAUGCUUUCACUUAAUUUUUGGUGUUGAUAUUGUCACUGACGUGUGAGUACUAAUGUUCUGUAGAUACCUGGAGUCAAACUUGUAAAAAAAACAUGAGCAGUUUUUUUCCAGCCCAGUUCAAAGAGGGAAACACUAAGACAGAAACGUUUUUGCACAAUCCCCUGAUAUUUGCACCAGAUAAAGACAGACAUAUUUUGUAUCACGUCUUAGUGGUUUACAUUCAGCAAAAAAGGACACUCAGUCACUGGUGAUGCGUGGGGCUGUGUUUGAUAAACUUAAGGGACUUAAGAAAAUGAACAGACUUGUAUUCGACUAAGAGAGAAGUAUAACUGUAUAUAUAUAUAUCAUCUACAGUAUACAAAGUGUCUCAUAUUGCUUACAAAUGGA